ACAAGGAAAAUAAAGAAAAAGAGAGCGGAUGCGACAAUAAGCGACAACCUACUUUCGAUUUGAAAACUCUAGCCCCGGAGCGCGCAUAUACAAAAUCAAUACACAGCAGCAAACGCAAUCCAGCUGUCAGCCAGGCAAAAUGGCCGAAAUCGUAGGGAAGGGUGUGCAACGAAGAGGAGCUUUAAGGCAGAAAAAUGUGGCAAUUGUUAAGGAUCAUAAAAUGGUGCAAAGGUUUUUUAAACAACCUACAUUCUGUGGUCAUUGUAAGGAUUUUAUUUGGGGAUUUGGAAAGCAGGGAUUCCAGUGUAAAGUUUGCAGUUUUGCAGUUCACAAGAGGUGUCAUGAAUUUGUGUCAUUCACGUGUCCAGGGGCUGACGCAGGACCAGAUUCCGAU